UUAUGUACAAUUCCAUUCCCUCACACUCAUCCCAUCUCCCUCCCUCCAUAAGAUAAAAUGCACGUCAUCACAUAAAAUCCUUCACAAUCUCCUGUCACUAUAUUUCAGGUCAUACUCCAAAGCCCAAAGCCUCCCUCUCUCUUCCUCCUCCUCCUCCUCUUCUCCUUAUUCUCUUUCGUACAAAUGGCUGCAACCACCUCACCAGAAGUGUUACUCGAGGUCUUUCCAUACCUCCGGGUCCUCAAAGACGGCACAAUCGACAGACUCGCCGGAACCCAAGUCGCUCCUCCCGGCUUAGACCCCGAAACCGGAGUUUUAUCCAAAGACAUCGUCAUCUUACCCCAAACCGGCGUCUCAGCCCGACUCUACCGACCCAUCACCGCCAAACCUGGCACAAAACUCCCCCUAGUCGUAUACCUCCACGGUGGCGCCUUCUGCAUAUCCUCAGCCGCCGACCCGUGUUACCACACCAGCCUCAACAACCUUGUUGCAGAAGCCAACGCCAUCGCAGUUUCAGUAAAUUACAGAUUAGCCCCUGAGUACCCGCUCCCCGCCGCCUAUGAAGACUGCUGGGCCGCCCUCAACUGGGUUUUUAACUGCGGCGAAGAUCGUGAUUCGUGGGUCAAGGAUGACGUCGAUUUCGGGCGCGUGUUUUUGGUCGGAGACAGCGCAGGAGCCAACAUUGCACACCACUUGGCCUUACGGAUCAAGGACUCCGACCCGGAUCCGAAGUUGAAAAUUGCCGGGAUUGGUAUGGUUAAUCCUUACUUUUGGGGGAAGGAGCCAAUUGGCGGGGAGGUGGGGGAUUUGGUGAGGAAGUCAAUGGUGGACACGUGGUGGAAUUUCGUUUGUCCGUCGGAAAAAGGCGGCGAUGACCCGCUUAUCAACCCGUUUCUGGACGGAGCGCCGGGGUUGGAGGGGUUGGCUUGUGGGAAAGUGCUUGUUAUGGUGGCAGAAAAAGACAUAUUGAGGGACAGAGGGAGGCUUUACUAUGAGGAAUUGGUGAAGAGCAAAUGGGGAGGGAGGAAGGAGUUGAUUGAAACACAAGGGGAGGAUCAUGAUUUUCAUAUCUUUAAUCCCAAUUGCGACAAGGCUAAGAUCUUGAUUAGGGAUUUGGGUAAGUUCAUUAAUCAAGAUUAGUGGAGUUCGGAUGGAUUGGAAGCAUUUGUUUUAGUUUGUGGGAAAUCUUGUUACGUGGGAAAAUGACAAAGUGAAGGCCAUUUUCAACAGUGGGAUUCCUUUGUCAAUGUUUGUCAUUCAUUGUUGUUGUUGUUGCAGUUGUCUUUGUUUUAUUUGCAAGGUGAUUCGCAUAGGUGCGGAAAUGGAUCGUCUUCGGAUCUUUUUCAUCAAAUUCAUCUAAUCAAUUAAUCUGGAUUUUUAAAAUUUGAUCCAACGGUUAAAAAUAGUGAUUCACUUUAAAAGUUAUAAUAACUUUAACCGUUGAAUAAAAUUUCAAAGGCCUUCAUUCAUAAAUUUGAUGGAUUUGAUAGAAGAGAUCUGGAUGUUCCAUUUCUGAUAGAUGGAAUGAAAUAAAUAAAAGCUACUUGCAAUAGGA